AUGGCUGCAGGCGGUGACCUGCCAGUGCCUGAGGGCAUCGACUUCAACCAUCCGUACACACCAUAUGACGUGCAGACUGACUUUAUGAAGACAGCAUACGGAGUACUCCAGAGUGGUAACGGCCAGGUUGGCAUUCUGGAGAGUCCAACAGGGACGGGCAAAUCUCUUUCGCUCAUCUGUGCGUCGUUGACAUGGCUGCGAAAUCAGCGUCUCGAGGAGCAUGAAGCCUCGCUCAAAGUCAACAUGGACGACUUCAAGGAUGAGCCCGACUGGAUCGUGGAGCAAAUGCUCCGGCGCAAGCGGGAGGAACUGUCGCGCACCUGGGAAGAGCGAGAGAAGAAGCUGGAGCAGAUCCGUCAGAAGGAAAAGGUCCUCGAAGCCCGCAGCGCCAAAAGACGUCGCUUCGACGAUGGUCCUUCGAAGUCGAAGGCCAACAUCGACGAGGAUGACGAGUGGCUGCUUGACGAGGCCGACGACUCCGGGGCGGCCAAUGACGGCGACGCCAUGUCUGGUCUCAGCAAGGAGACGAAAGACAUCCUGACGCGGUUUGGCUUGGGAAGCUUGAAGAUGGAGCAGGAGGAGGACAAGGUCGAGGACGGAGUCAAGAUAUACUACACGUCAAGAACGCAUUCUCAACUCACGCAAUUCAUUCAUGAACUUCGACGCCCCGAGUUCCCGUCGUCUAUGCCACCAUCAAUCAAACCCGCCGAAAGUGAAGACUCGCGUCCUGCCAAGGAGCCGAUCAAGCAUCUGCCCCUAUCGUCACGACAGAAACUCUGCAUCAAUCCGUCCGUCGCACGCUUAGGCACAUUGCCCGCGAUCAAUGACCGCUGUUCUGAGCUGCAGAAGCCCAAAGCCAAGGACAAAUGUCCCUACACGCUGAAGGAAGACAAUAUCAGCCAGACGCACCAAUUUCGAGACACAGCCCACGCCACACUGCCCGACAUCGAAGACCUGUACCACCUCGGCAAGAAGCUUUCUGUAUGCCCGUAUUAUGCUUCCAGAGCGGCCAUCACUGGCGCCGAGAUCAUUACGUUGCCAUACCCCUUGCUUCUCCAGAAGAAUGCCAGAGACGCCCUCGGCAUCAAGCUGGAAGGCAACGUGGUAAUUGUUGACGAGGCGCAUAACAUCAUGGAUGCGGUUGCCAACGUCUAUGCGUCUGAAGUCAAGCUGAGCGAGCUCAGAAGGGCGCGCCAGAUGCUGGGUGUCUAUGUCAAGAGAUUCGGCAAGAAGUUGAAAGGCGAGAACCGCGUCAUGGUUGGGCAGGUUGGAAGGGUCAUCGAAGGCCUUACUGAGUGGAUGGACGGCGCUGUGAAGCUUAAGAACGCUCACGGCAUCGUCGACUCAAAGGUCCUCCUCCGCUGCAAAGGCGUGGACCAGAUCAACCUCUUCAAGUUGAUUCAAUACAUUCAGGACUCGAAGCUUGCGUACAAGAUCGAGAGCUAUGUUGCGCACGUCGAGGAAGAAGCUGCGCAAGCAAACCCUGGCAAGGCACCAUCGAGGUCAUCUACGCCGGUCCUGCACAUUCUAUCUUCGUUUCUCAUAUCUCUCACCAACCUCAGUUCAGAAGGUCGCAUAUUCUACGAGAAGAUUCCAUCUAAUCCGCCAGACAUUCAACUUUCCUACCUUUUGCUGUCACCUACCCAUGCCUUCUCGUCCAUCGCCACCAGCGCCAGGGCGGUCAUCCUCGCUGGCGGCACCAUGUCACCGUUCGAUGACUACAAGUCCCAUCUUUUCCCUUACCUCUCCGAAUCCAAGCUCACGACUCUGAGCUGUGGACACGUUAUCCCGCCGUCAAACCUUUGCGUAUGGACUUUAGCAGGCACACGACCAACCCCUAAUAGGGACGUCAGCUGCACCUUUGAGUUUAGCUUCCAGCGGAGAAGCGACAAGGCGAUGGUCAGCCAGCUAGGCCUCGCAAUCCUCAACAUGUGUAACGUCGUGCCCGACGGCGUCGUCAUCUUCUUUCCCAGCUACGGCUACCUGGACGAGGUCGUUGCCGUCUGGGAGACCAAGAACCCCGGGGAACCCAAGUCCAUCUGGGAACGUCUGCAGGAACGAAAGCAGGCUUUCAAGGAGACUCGCGGCGGCUCGAGCGACGAAGUCUUAGAGGCCUACAGCAAGGCCAUCCUAGGCGACGGCGAAUCCAAACCGGGCGCAACCUCCAAGAACCGCGGUGCCCUGCUCCUCAGCGUGGUUGGCGGCAAGAUGAGCGAGGGCAUCAACUUUUCCGAUCGGCUCGGUCGACUGGUCGUCAUCGUUGGGCUGCCGUAUCCCAACAUCAACUCCCCCGAAUGGAAGGCCAAGACGGAGUACAUCGAGACCGCAACCGUUCAGCGGCUCACCGACCCGUCGGCAGAUACGAAAAUAUCGAGAGAGGAGGCCGUCGCGACGGCGAAGCAGGCAGCCAGGGACUUCUACGAAAACGCGUGCAUGCGCGCCGUGAACCAGAGCAUCGGCCGAGCCAUCCGGCACCAGGGCGAUUACGCAGCCAUUGUUCUCGUCGAUCGCAGAUAUGGGACGGACAGGAUUCGCAAGAAGCUUCCGGGAUGGAUUCGGGGGGGCAUGGACGGCGACAGCCACGAAAAAGGACUGCCGCAGCUGAUGGGUGCGAUGAGCGGGUUCUUUCGGUCGAAGCGGACGAGCGCGCAAUGA